AUGUCUGGAUUUGACCAACUAGCUAAUCGCCUGAAGCAAAAAUUGCACCUUGGUGGUGACUCUUCGUUUGGUAGUAGUGGUUCCCCUAGUCACGUAGGCUCUGCAUCCUGGGGCGAACAACCACAACACUCCCCAUACUACCAGGGAUAUCCAAGCUAUGGUGCCAGCGCCCCGCCUCAAAACUAUACGGGACAUCAGACACCGAUACCCCAGAACGAUUAUCAGCGGUUCGAUACUACUUGGCAGGGGUCUCCACCCUUCGCUGGCGCAUCACGCCCAUAUGACGCCCUCGAGGCGAACCACCCCAUACCUCCCCCUAUUCCUCCACGGCCCGUAUCACAGCAGCAACGUAGCAAGGAAGCAGGUGCUGUAAUUCCUUCACCUCCGGCGGGACGACCAGCUGCGGGAGCAAUAUACGCUCCAGGAACUUACCCUACACCUGAACUCCCUUUGUACCCACUUGGUCGCCACGUAAUCCUUCAUUCCCAGUCUGAAUCUGACUUCACCGACAAGACAAUUCGAGACGCACUAUCCGACACCUCAUCUCCACUUACAGUCUAUCUUCCCAGACGUUCAAGGUGGCUCGUCCAUUCAACGAUCCAAUUGUCCGAUUUCCAGGAGCUCGCCACAGAAGGAUACCCAACAGAUGAGAAAGAAAUGGCGAUCAUUGAUGCUCAAGAGGAUUGCGAUGGCCAUGUUCUGCACGCUUUUUCUAAGAGUGGCAUUAGGAUAAGGAACCUCGUAAUAGAGGGGAACAAGGAAAAGUACGGUUGGAAUGAAAAGGGUGCUGUGAUGGUGCAGCUUGGGGGCGCACCAGCGAGAAACCAGGUUCUUGAUAGAUGCAUACUCAGGAACACGCGACAUUGGUCUACUGUACAAGCGUUCGAAGGGGCUACCAACAUAAGGAUUACUAAUAAUAUUAUAGGCCCGGCGGGAGUUGGCUGCGAUGAGGCUGAGUUCAGAUGGGCGGAUGGCAUCAGCUACGCUUGCGAAGAUGGGCUGGUCGCAGGGAAUCUGGUGAGAGAUACCACAGAUGGCGCUAUAGUUCUAUUCAGUGCUCCUGGGUCUUUGGUUACAUCUAAUACGAUCGUAACAGAGAAACGCCUUGGCCUGGGUGCAAUCAACAUGGUUGACUUCAAUCCACACGAGGGAAAAUAUCUCUACACUCGAGUAGAUCACAACACAAUCGUUACAGCGGGGAACUACUUGGAGAUUGGAAUAGGACAAGGACCUUCAGUUUGGGGUGCACAAUCCAAACGCCAAAUCAUUCGUGGUGCUUAUGUGACAAAUAACCUCAUCACUCGUGAUCUGCGCCACAUCGAUGGGCCCGUUUGGGAAGAGCGUCUUGGAACUGGGAACAUUGGGUACGGGUUUCCAGUUGGAUCAGAUGUUGCAAAUUGGGUUUGCAUUGGCAAUGUGUCGGAACCAUCAGUGCAAUGGGGAAACGCUGAAGGCGAUGAGGCGGAUAUCAGCAGUUUGGUGCUACAGAAUGAAUUUAAAGAGGGAAAAGUCUGGGGACUGAUAGCCAUCAAGCCCGGCGAAUCUAAAGCGAUGGUAUUUCAUGGAGGAAAUGACCUCAGAGCCAGGCUCGGUGAUAACAUCGACCUAUCUGGGGGGAUACGAAUACUUUUCAGACAGGAGGAUGCCGAACUUUGUGUUAUAAGUCUCUCCGAAGGAGGCCGAGUGCUGUGGCAGGCUGGGGUAUCGGGGAAUAUCAAUCCCCAUCGACCAGAUUAUCGCAAUGCGACGCUCACGUUCAGUGAAGGCGGGAAGCUCGCGAUUGUUAACUCGGAAAACCAGAACAACAUCUGGUUCGACUUUACGCCGCACAUACCCAGAGAGCGGAAGCAAGACCAUGAGCAGAGCAAACGACCUCCAAGUCGGCCCCGACUAGUCUUUUCCUCUUCCAAGCCACAUGUUCGGAUCACUUCUCCAUCGCCUGAAAAUUUCCUUCUUUAUGCAUCCUCGUACUCGUACCCGCACCAGUAUGGUUUCCCCUUCGGUUCGUAUACAGCCCGCUCGAUACCAUCAUCACCGCGAAAUCCAGGCGGUGGAGCGUUUGUCUACACGAUGUCACCGGAACGUCGUUUCGUGAUAAUAUACACUCAAAAAGCGUUUCAUGAGCUCCAUUGGCCAUUAGACCCUGGCGCUUUUCGAAUAGUGCAUGACUUUGGGGGUGAGACAAGUCAAGAUGACCGGAAAUGUACUCUUUUCUUCCAAGGGGACGGAAAUUUGGUUCUCUCCACUGGAGAAGGCCAAGCUACUUGGGCAAGUGGUACAUGUGGGGAUCGAGAGGCAGUCGAGUUGCGUUUUGGAGAUGGAUCACCACAAGAGCCUUAUGUGGAACUAAUCGGGAGAAACGGACAGAGGGUUUGGAGUACAUGA